UUGAGAGUCUCUGAAUUGCCUGUCAGUGUUUGUUUUGAAAACGUAGACCAUGUGUUCGAAAGAGCUUCGUAAUAAAGUUUUGUUCUUUUUAGAGAACAGAAAAUAUGCAAAUAAUCUCGUCGACAUCCUUUCCUUAAUAGAUGGCAGUGAGAAGAAAUCACAGGCAGCAAUACUUGCAUUGGAGCUUGCAUUUUCAGAAGUACUAAAACGAGGAGACUUGCAUAAUGUACCCCAGAGUAUUACACUAAAUGAGAGUGAUGCAGAACAAAUAUAUAAAUUGUGGCUGCGAGAAAGAUAUGAGGAAUAUUUUGACAAGUUGUUGUGGACCAUAGAGAAAGGAAAACUUGCAGCACAGUUACAAGCUCUGUCGAGUGCUGUGAAACUUUACGUUGUACUGGAAGGAAGAUACCCAUUGGAGAAUACAAUAAAUAGUGAAUACUAUUUUCCUUUGAACAGGUUAAAGUUUAUCAUCAGCAAACUUCUGUCAAAUGAGAGGGCAAACAGUCAACUAAUUACCAGGCUACUUGAAUAUACAUCUUGCAAAGACUUCUUACAGUUUACUUGGAAGGUGCUUCCUUCAAUAGUUGUUAUGGAAAGUAAACCCAACGAGAUUUUUCUUAAUAACUUAAUUGAAUUACUGGAUAAAAUUCCAAUCCCAAGGAAGGAAGAGGAAGGAAAAAUGACUUUGUUGCUAUACAGCAGUGAAGAACAGAACUGUUUUGUGCCUAAAACUCAACUUAUGCAGAAGUGGCUUAACAAAGUUUGGAAUUGUAUGAGCAAGUGGGAGUACUGGAAUUACUCCUCAGUAACUCAACGGCAUUUGCUUGUAGUUUUGCUUGAGAAACUCCUUCCACAUUUGGAAAAACCACUGCUUCUUACAGACUAUUUUAUUGACUCUAUGGAUGUGGGUGGUCCUGUUAGUUUACUGGCACUACAAGGAAUUUUUACUCUCAUACAACAUCAUAAUCUGGAGUAUCCUAACAUUUACAAGAAGCUAUAUUCAUUAUUUGAGCCAGAGAUAUUCCACACUAAAUACAAGGCUCGGUUAUUCUACUUAUCAGACAUUUUUCUGAGUUCGACACAUCUUCCAGAGAACUUAGUUGCAGCAUUUGUGAAACGUCUCUCAAGGCUUGCUCUUCUGGCACCACCACAGGACAUUUUGAUCAUAUUAAGAUUUGUGGGAAACUUGUUAAUACGCCAUCCAGGCCUGCAGAUACUUGUGAACUGUACGCAAGGACAGCAAGUGACAGGUGAUCCCUUCAUUAUGGAAGAAAGUGAUCCAGUAAAAAGCCAUGCAAUUGAAAGCUCAUUGUGGGAAAUCCAGGCUCUGCAAACACAUCAUAUUCCUAGCAUUGCAUCUGCAGCUAGGUUUAUCAACUUUCCUCUACCAUCUCUGGAGUGGGAUCUGUCAGAUGUGUUGGAGGUAUCAGCAGAUGAUAUGUUCGAAAGAGAAUUGAAGAAGAAAGUUAAAGAUGUCAUAUUAACUUUUGAAAAACCAACAUCUCUUUCAUUACCAAGUGGAGAAAGGCUGUCGGAUUAUUGGUCUCUUGUAUGAUUGUCGGGUGUUCUGGACAGGGUGACUUUUGUGACAUUGCCCGUGAGGACAUGAAGUAUAUAUAAUAGAACCUUGACAUGCAUUCCAGGAUUCUUUUUUUUUUUUCUUUUUUUUUUUUUUCUUACACACAACGAAUUUGAGAUUGCUAAUGUGUAUUGCUAAAAUCUUUGGCUGUACUUUGAUCUGCUUUUGUAUGCUUGUAUAUAUAACUUAAGUAACAGAUGUUCUGUAUUAUAUUAAAGCUUCCCAUUCACUUACACUUGUGAUUACUAUCUUCCUAGAGGAUGAUCACCAAUCUGUUGGUAUUAUUUUGUUAAUGAUUGUAAAAUGUUAACUGAAAUGAUUUGAUAAUUUUCAGAGAUAUAUAGUUUUGCUAUUACUCUAAAAAUAUAAGAACUGUACAUGUGUUUAUUUUAGAAUUUUACUGGAGAUAUCAAUAAUAUGUGGAACUGUGCCACUGAUAUGUUUGAUGACAACUCAUUGGCACUGAACUGACUAGUAUUAAAUAUACUAUUGAUAUGUUAAACAAAAAACCACAUAUUUUAGACACUUGAAACUAUUGCUUUGAGUUUAAAGUGUAAAUGGAAUAAUGUGUAAAAUAUGUAAUAAAUUAUAUAACAUUUUAUAUAUUAUAAAAGCACAGAAUUCCUGUAACACUGUACAUAUAAUUUGCUAAGCAUUUAACUAUUUUGCAGCUGGGAGUAAUUACAGCAAGGCACAAAAACUGAAAUAAAAUGUUGUACAUGUUAGAAGCCUUAGCGUUGCAUGACUUUGCAACCAACGUUUUAACAUACAAGUAACCUGACAAUGUCUCAGAUCAGUCGAUGAAAAAUGGUUACAGCAUAUAGAUUUUGUAAGACUGUGAUUUGUACAGUUGGUCAUCUUUAAUAUUUAGUUGAAGAACGGUAUAGUGCCAAGAAUAGUGGUUUUAGUAUAAAGUGUCAGGUACGAAAUUAUGGAUAUUCCCUUCAGUUGCGUUGGACAACUACAUGACGCAUUUGUGGUUCCAAAUGAUGUUGACAUUGGCGGAUUUAACCCUGUUAAGUUAUGUGGCAAUAAGGUCAGAUCCCAACUAACAUUCCAAAUUUUUCAUAAUAAUCCAUGUAAACCCUUCUUUGUUAUUCAUAUGCUAUGUACCAACUUUUACUUGGAACAUGAAAGAUGGUUCCUGUCACAUAAUAUGUCACAUGUACUUAUUUAUUUAUUUAUUUAUUUCCCCUCCUCCUUUUCACCAUUUUGUGGCAUGAGUUCUAGGUGUGUCACCUUACAUAGGGCCAUAAAAUCUCAUCUUAUAUAGGGCCAUAAAAUCUCAAGAAAAGCCUCCACAGUUCUGUUGCCACUUCGUCAAUACAUCCAACUCCAUUAUCAAUAAAUAUAUAUCCAUUAAGCUGCAGAAGCUAUACAGUCUCUGUAUGGUCCAAUUCAUUGAGAUAUAGUAGAUGGGACAGGAUGAAAUAUGAAUCUGUGCUAACAAUGCAUGCCAACAAAGAAACAGAAAUCAGUACUACAGAAACCAAGCCUGGGGCUGAGUCUUUAAUGUCAUCCCGUGGACAAUGAUUGCAGUGAUGAGGACUCCCUUGCCACUAUAGGGCAAUACCCCACAAAGCUAGCCCACAAACAGAUUUCUCAUGCCAUAUCCUACACACCCCUAAUCCUUCCACCACACCCAAGAAUCAGCUGCAAAUGAGUGCCCCCAUCGCCCAAUAUCACUGUGGACUGUAACAAUUGAAUGAUAUCCUUCACCAGGAGUUUGAUGAUUUCUCAUCCUGCCCUGAAAUUAGGGACAUCCUACCCUAGAUCCUUCCUAUCCAUCCUAAAGUGGUGUUCCAUCAUGCACCCAACCUACACAUCAUCCUAGUCUAUCCCUAUGCCGCUCGCACUCCCAGCCUGUUGCCACAAGGAUCAUAUUCCUGUGGCGGACCAAGUUGGAAGACCUGCCCGAUCCAGUCACCCAGCACCUCCUACUUCAGUUGUGUCCUGCCCCAUCAGAGGCUGGCCACCUGUGAAAGUAGCCAAGUCAUAUACCAUCUCUACUGCAAACGGUUUGUGUUGGUAUGACUCCCAGGCAGCUGUCCACCAGCAUGAAUGGCCAUCACCAUACAAUUGUCAAGAACAAAGUCAACCACUCAGUGACACAACUUGCAGCUGAGCACAGUAUGCUCAAUUUCAGUGGCUGCUUCACAACCUGAGCUAUCUGGAUCCUCCCUUCACCACUAGCCUCUCUGAACUACACAGAUGGGGAUUAUCCUUGCAUCUCAUCCUGGCCUCAAUCUCAGGUAACCCACUGUCUCUGCACCCUCCACCCAACAGUUUCCUCUUCCUCUGUCCUGUCCCCCCAUCCAUGUCACAUCCACAUAUCAUCUUCAAAAUGUGCCACUUCCCACUGGCUGCUACAGUCAUGCUAGCCCAUAUACCUGCAACCCCUCCCUCUUGCAUUCCUAGUGGGAAAACCGGCUGCCUCUCUCUGUGGCACUAGCCACCCACCACAGUCCAUCUCUCUGCCUCCCUCUCCCUCCACCCACCCCACCCAACACUACACCCACUAUGACAGCCCACCAGCCUCAAAAUAACAUUGGUACUGAUAGUCUAUCUGACACCAUACAGGGGCAUAGACAUGCGUUUGUUUGUGUAUAUUACUCUAGCUCAUCCAAGGAUAACUCCGAAAGCUAGCAAGUUUCUUUCUUCUGGGUGCACUUAUCAACAACUCAACGCUUUGCUUCUGUGUUUGGUGAGUGGUCUCCUUCAAGAUUGUCCAUACCUGGGGCAAGAAAGGGGCAUGCUACCUCCCCCCAACCCCAGCUCUCAGGGAAAGGAACAAAAUAUAGUAUGGGCAGGUAUUUUGCUUUUGAGAAAAUGAUUUAAAAGUCGAAAUAACACAGAUUUUUAACAGGGUCAGAACUGGAACUUUUUAUAGUUGCUUGUAAGUCACCACUCGUCUUGCAAAAUAUUAAAUGUACUCCAUACCCCUCUCCCCUCCUCUGGUCUUGGUCGUGCCUACAAACUAUCAUAUGGGCACUCUUGAUCUCUCUCAAUUCUAAAUUAUCUAUAAAGAGGAAACUGAACUAUUCAUAAUAUAGUGUAAAAUGAACCAGAUAAAACAAACCAGAAUGCCUGUAUUAUCUUUCAGUGCAGAAAUAUUGUAAGUCCAUUUAUUUAUGUUAUUAGGAUGCAGUGUAUUGAAAUGGUGAUAUUGUUGAUAUAUGAGUAUUUAGAAUUGUUUUUAUAAUUGUAAAUAACUAAAAUGCAUUGCAAAGUGUGAAAGCUAUUUGUAUAAAGAGAAUACAUGCUUUUUAGCUGAUCCAGCUCACUUCAGUUGCAUUUUCCAUGGUUUGUCCCAAAUGAUCCCAGGCAAAUGCUAUGCUCUGAAGGAUUAUGGCCAACUGUGUCCACUUUUAUUACCCAUUUGUGAAAUGCUGUAAAUUGUUACACUUCAUUUUCCAAUAUUAUUGUCACUACUAUUGGUGCUAUUUUCAUUCUUACAAUUUAUAGUUCCAUGUUUUAUAAUUUUGUUUUGUUUUCUUUCAGUAUUUUCUGUGUAUAUUAUAUUGUAUCAUAUUACAUGCUCUAACAUGGAUGCCCAAUUGCAUAAAUAAGGAAAUAAAGUCUGAUAACUAUUUGAGUAUAAUGUAAAUUCUCUCUUCUUUUAUGUAAAUGAAACUAACUGAUGGUAUCAACAAAUUAUAAUCUUUUUUAAAUUUUAAUUUUGGACUCA